AUGCGACCUACCCCGCCGCUGCACCGCACCGCCCACCCCUCCGACUCCCUCCCCACCACACCGUCCCUAGUCACCAUUCAUUGGAAUGCGGGUACGGUACUUCGGUGCCUAGUAAUCGCGCGCACUUCUGUGGAUAUGGGUAUCGUCGGAUGCGGGCGCGUUUCGGCGGACUCGAUAUGGCAAAGACGGCCGGGCCGUCGGCGGUGGAGUUCGGGCGCGAGUCGCCGGCGGCGGAGACGUCCCGAUAGAGUUUGCAACACUAAUUUCGGUUGUAUGAUGGGCGAUUUGAAUAUUGGGAACAAUCCUGCGCAGACACUACGCUGA